AUGCUGCGCCGCUCGCUUGUGUGCAAGCAGCUCCACAAUAAAGGUCCUGCCCGGCCCGGCCCGAUGCUGUACGGCUGGGGCCGCACUGAGCAAAAGCGGCGCCUCGAGUACGAGUCAGUGGAGUCAAAGUACCAUAAGCGUGAAUUCAACAAGAAUUGGGACCUCGCUGGCGUGGAGCAGCGGCAUACGGAUUUUAUGGUGGUGCGCACGUACUUCUCUCUCGGAACCCGGUGGGGGACGUGGGUGUACAACAUGCUCCAAUUCUACGUGCUCGCGUUGCUUCCUAUAUUUGUCUUCAUGCACACGCUCCACAAGAACGUGGAGUGGUACGAUGAGCGCAUUCGCCGGGCCGCGUGGUGGUAA